CACGACCCCUUUCCCUGACCAGUGAUCAUGGGCGGUCUGCGGUGGUUGGUGGCGCUCGCGUUGGUGCUACUAGUGGCCACUGAGGGAGGAGACGCGGCGACUAGGCGAAGACCUCAGGGUCAAUGCCCCCCACCCACAGGGGCAGGAACCUGCGCCUUCAGCUGCGGGAGUUGCCCGGAGGGACUAAUCUGCUGCACCAACGGCUGCGGCGGAACCAACUGUAUGGCACCAGUCGGCAGGACUAUUAGCAGUGCUUCCGGAUCAACCGAUAAAUAGGAACACUCUGACGCUUCUCAGAGAGCCAGAGGAAGGCAAUCAUCGGUUUGCGUCAGUCGCCGCAUCUCUACGGCCGCGGUCGGUAGCGCGUGCGCAGAUGCUGCUGUUUGUGAUUGUUACGGUGGUGAUGAGGGUGACGGUGGCGGUGGAAGAAGAGACUGUCACAGAGGAUGAAGGGAUUGCGCAAGACGGGUUUACUUCACCAUCCGAAUCAGACCAGAAACAAGAUUUGAAAUGCCCGGAACUGGAUCCGUAUGUUGCGAGUCCGUGUGCAUUUCUGUGCGGAUGGUGCCCAGAAGGACAGAUUUGUUGCAAAAACAACUGCGGAGGUACAGAAUGUAUGGAACCAGCAAAGCCGCAUAUUCCAACUGAGAAGGAGCUGCGUUUUUGGAAGUUGUACGAACAGAGCAUAAAGCCGCUGAAGAAAAUUUCUGAAUAAAAAAUCUUCAACCCUGACUGAUAUUUGAUUUUUUAUUGAAAAAUUGUUAGUCUACGUACCCAUUGGAAAUCAUACAAGUGGCUGCUUCUGCAAUAUCAUAGUACGAAAACUGGCUUUGUAUUCCAUACCUGUAAAAUGAAAAUAUAUUAUUACA